AUGGCUGUCAGGCCCGCGAGGGCGCCGUGGUUAGCGGCCUCAUCGUCGUCGCCCGCUUUACACGUCAGGCCUCGGCCGGUCCGCGUUGGACCGGUGGCGGGUGCGCUCCCCGGCUCGUCAGCCCCGCGAUCGCCCGCGGCGCUCGGAUCGACGGUGAAGAUGUCCCGGAGCCUGGCGGCGCGCAUCGUCGCGGUCGGGGGCAUGACAAAGCCGGAUCACGCGCGCUCGACCCUGCGUAUGUUCGCGUCGGCGCGAGAUGACGCGGUGCGGGCUCGCCUCGUUCGGGCGAACCGUCGCGCCGCGUGGACGCGACGCCGCGCUCCGACGAUCGUCACCGCCGCGCUUCCUCGAGACGACGAAGGGGAGCGUCGCGAGAUCUCGCGCCGGGGCCCCGACGGCAGCCGAGCGGGCGGCUACCCCAACCCAGCGCCCGGCACCCUCAGGAAGAAGCAGAACGCCAAGGACGUGACCCGGGACGGCAUCGCGGCCACGGCGGUGAUGUACGCCUUCGCCGCGUGGCAGUGGCUCCAGUGGCCUGCGGGGACGCCGCACCCCUCGUUCGUACCCGCGCCCUUCCACGCCGCGUGCAUCGCGGCGGCAGCCACCGGGCUGAUCGCGCCGGCGCUCGCGGCGGCGGCGCACCCGGGCGCCAACUACGGAGUCAAGUGA